AUGGCAAAGCACUUGGCUCGUAUUCACGGUACGGAAGAAGACAAGGUGAACUGCCCCUUUUACUUCAAGAUUGGAGCUUGUCGCCAUGCUGAUCGAUGCUCUCGCUUGCAUCAUAGACCAGCGUUUUCCCCAACGAUUCUCAUCAAGCAUGUAUACCGCCACCCCGUUCGACUGGCCGAGCUAAAACAAGCGGCUACAGCGGGAGAAGCAAUCGUCGACAGGGAGAAGGCACUGGAAGAAUUUUUAUGCUUUUAUGAAGAUAUGUUUCUGGAGCUCUCCAAGUAUGGACCAAUUGAAGCCUUGCACGUUUGCGACAACUUGGGAGAUCACAUGAUCGGUCAUGUUUACUGCAAAUUCAUGGAAGAAGAGGAUGCCGCGGAUGCCUUGCAGGCUAUGAAUGGACGAUUCUAUGAUGGGCGGAAAAUGGAAGUAGAGUUUUCUCCUGUUACCGACUUUAGAGAAGCUCGAUGUCGAGACUUUGAUGAAGGAUCUUGUGCACGCGGGGGUUACUGCAACUUUUUGCAUGUCAAACCCUUACCAAUGUGUUUGAUUCGUUCCCUAGAGGACGACGCUCAGUACGAUCGACGUCGAGUAGACGAUGAGCGUCGAGAUAAGGAGCGAGAAGAAAAAAGAGCCCGCAAGAAAGAAAAAAGAAAGCGACGGGAUGGGAGAGAUCGGGAUCGAGAUGAUCGACGUAGGUCACGCAAAUCUAGACGCUCGAGGAGUGGUUCUAGGUCUAGGACUAGGUCCAGAUCUAGAUCUAGAUCUAGAUCUAGAUCGGGCUCUUAUUCUGGUUCCGAUUGA